CUCACCCCAUGGAUCAUGCCCAAACAACCAUGCUCACUCACACCCCAUUUUUCUGAAGACUUUUCUCCAUCUACUCUGCUGUGCGGGCUGACGUGUCAGAGGAAGCCGGAAGUGGCGGUGGAGGUGUGGCGGUCCCGUAGUCAUUCGCCGGGGCCGGAGUCCUCACUCGCCAUUGACUUCCUUGCCAGCCCCUCGCUCGCCAUGGCCUUCGUGUGGCUUCUGCUGCCCGUCGCGCUCCUGACGGCUGCGUGGCCCUGGUCCUUGGCCUUCUAUCUGCCCGGCCUGGCGCCUGUCAACUUCUGCGACGAGAAGACGGCCAAGGGGGACUGCAAGUCUGGAAUAGAACUUUUUGUGAAUAGACUGGACUCUGUGGAGUCAGUCCUUCCAUAUGAAUAUGCUGUAUUUGAUUUUUGCCAAAUGCCUGGUGAAAAACGCCCAUCUGAAAAUCUUGGGCAGGUAUUGUUUGGAGAGAGGAUUGAACCUUCACCAUAUAAGUUUAUGUUUAAAAAGGAGGAGAAAUGCAAACUUGUCUGUAAAAAAAAAUAUGAUCUCAAAAAUUCAGAAGACAAGCUAAAAUUAGAAUUCCUGAAAAAAAGUAUGCUGUUGAAUUACCAACAUCACUGGAUUGUGGACAACAUGCCCGUGACGUGGUGUUAUGAUGUGGAAGACAACCAGAGGUUCUGCAAUCCUGGAUUUCCCAUUGGUUGUUAUAUAACUAAAGACGGAAAACCCAAAGAUGCCUGCGUUAUCAGUACAGAGUUUCAUGAACCAGAUACCUUCUACAUAUUCAACCAUGUGGACAUCAUAAUAAGUUACCACGUUGUAGAAAAUGAACAGUCUGGUGCAAGACUAGUAGCUGCUAAACUUGAACCAAAAAGUUACAAGCACACAAACGUUGACACCCCAGACUGCUCAGGACCGCCUAUGGAUAUAAGUAACAAAGAUACUAAGGAAGAAGUCCAGAUUGCCUACACAUAUUCAGUAAAAUUUGAGGAAAACAAAAACAUCAGGUGGGCAUCUCGAUGGGACUACAUUUUAGAAUCCAUGCCACAUACGCGUAUACAGUGGUUUAGCAUUAUGAAUUCUUUGGUGAUUGUCCUGUUUCUCUCUGGAAUGGUAGCUAUGAUCAUGUUAAGGACUCUACAUAAAGACAUUGCACGAUAUAAUCAAAUGGAUUCUACUGAAGAUGCUCAGGAGGAAUUUGGCUGGAAACUUGUUCACGGCGACAUAUUCAGGCCCCCAAGAAAAGGAAUGCUACUCUCUGUAUUUCUGGGCUCUGGAACACAGAUUUUAAUUAUGACGUUUGUUACGUUAUUCUUUGCUUGCCUGGGAUUUCUGUCCCCUGCAAAUCGGGGUGCGCUAAUGACCUGUGCCGUGGUCUUGUGGGUGCUGCUUGGAACACCAGCAGGUUAUGUUGCUGCCAGGUUCUACAAAUCAUUUGGGGGUGAGAAAUGGAAGACCAACGUCCUGCUGACAGCCUUCCUUUGUCCUGGUGUGGUGUUUGCGGAUUUCUUUAUCAUGAACCUGAUUCUUUGGGGCGAAGGUUCUUCAGCAGCCAUCCCAUUUGGCACUUUGGUUGCCGUUCUGGCACUUUGGUUUUGCAUCUCUGUGCCACUGACGUUCAUUGGGGCGUACUUUGGUUUCAAGAAGAACGCCAUAGAACAUCCAGUUCGUACUAACCAGAUCCCUCGUCAAAUUCCUGAACAGUCAUUUUAUACAAAACCAUUACCUGGCAUCAUUAUGGGAGGGAUUCUGCCCUUUGGAUGCAUCUUCAUACAGCUUUUCUUCAUUCAGAACAGCAUCUGGUCUCAUCAGACGUAUUACAUGUUUGGAUUCCUGUUUCUGGUGUUCAUCAUUCUUGUCAUCACAUGUUCUGAGGCUACCAUCCUACUUUGCUAUUUCCACUUGUGUGCAGAGGACUAUCACUGGCAGUGGCGCUCGUUCCUCACCAGUGGCUUCACUGCUGUUUACUUUCUUAUAUAUGCAGUACAUUAUUUCUUCUCCAAACUUCAAAUUACGGGUACAGCAAGCACCAUUUUAUACUUUGGCUACACAAUGAUAAUGGUAUUGAUCUUCUUCCUUUUUACAGGAACAAUUGGAUUCUUUGCAUGCUUCUGGUUCGUGACCAAAAUAUACAGUGUGGUAAAAGUUGACUAAAGAAACUGUCAAUAUACAAUACUGGAGCUAUCAGUAACCUAAUUUAAAGACAUGGUCUUGGAGAAUUUAAGCUUUAUCUAAAGUAUUGGCUUCUGUGCUUUGUGAAUGAUACCGAAUAUAAAUCCCAUCCCCCUGAAACAUUUGUAUUGUGACUUUACAAUCUGUUUUCACUUGAUGGUUCUUAAUGAAGAUUGAAGUUAAAUAUUGUAUGCUUUUGUAAAUAUUACGAUACUAGAACUUUUAAAUUCUAAUGACAGGUUAGAUGUGACUGCAUUGCAGAAUUUAACAAUACUUCUAAAUAAAGUGUGGUUGUAAAUAGGGUUUUCUAGAUUUGUUGGGUGGGGUUAAUUAUUUUUCUGCAAAUGAAAUUACUGCUUUCUAUCAUGGUUUUGGAGGAUGACUCUGAAGUGUAUUGUUUUGCUUUCAACUUUUGGGUUUUUUUGUUUUAUACUGGAGUUAUGGCCAUAAAUCCUUCUCCCUUUUUUUCUGUAAUUUUCUUUAGGUUCCAGUGUUAUUGGCCUUUUAAAUUAUGUGCCUCUGGAGUCCUGGAAUCUAAACAUUCAUAAUCGUAAUAAAUACUGUAAUAAAUUCUGUAAACUUUAUCAGUGGAUCAUUACACAUUAUAAAUAAGUUCAACAGCAUUCUGUAAAUACAAAUAUACUGACAGGAGAACUUUUUAAAAGUUAUGUAGAUUAUUUUAUUGUGUGUUUAAAAUCUUGGUUUUAACUUUUUUAAAAAAUCUGUCCCAUAUGGCAUAAGUAGUAGUCAGAAGGGAAUUUCAGAACUGUGUUUGCAAUGCCGGUCCUAUUCCAAUUAACCUAGCAAGGCUAAGAAAUCAGAGAGAUAUGUUGAGAAGAUCUGAAUAUGUAAGAUCAAGACGCACCGUAAAGUACAUUUAUAACAGAUCUUAAUGAAGCAUAUGAAGUAAAAUGGAUAACCAUGUUGUCCUUUGUGACAUAAAGAAAGCAGGCACAUUUAUUUGCCUCUCAUAGAAUAAUCCGGAUUAUUAGGUGUAGAGAGUAAUUUCACACCUUUGCCGUGGGAACACGUUUAGAGUGUUGAGUUGCUUGGGUUUGUAACAGUUCAUCUGUUUCAUAAUGCUUGCAUGUUCCCACAACAGCACACCUGGUUAAAAUAUUGUUUGAAGUGCAUGUUUUGGUUCAUAUAAGUUAGCAAAAAAGAAUCUUGGUUUUCUCCCCUAACACGCGCUUUCUAAAAAUCAUAACCUAAAGGUACUUGAAUAUUAAAAUCCAAUAAAGAUAUCUUUUGUUAA